GAUCUGAGGCGAGGAGCGAAGACAGUGAGCAGAGAAGACCCGUGCCCUGAGGAAGAGGAGGAGGAGGAGGAGGAGGAGGAGCAGUGCCUGUGUUUCACAUCUGAGGAGCAGAGUGGAAGCGGAGGAGGAGGAGAGACGAGAAUCGUCCAUACACACACACACACACACACAAACACACACACUCGACCUGGAAACGAGGAUAAAAGGUGUCAGAGACCAAACACACAGAAGGGGGAAAGACAAAAAUAUAAUACAAUAGGAGCCGCGCAGCUUUGGUUUGGAUUUUGGAUCGUGGUUCUUAAAUCUUGGAUCGGAGAAAUGGAAGUAGCCGCCGCGGGAGAGCACGUCUUCGCGGUGGAGAGCAUCGAGAAGAAGCGCAGCAGAAAGGGGAGAGUGGAGUAUCUGGUCAAGUGGAGAGGAUGGUCUCCCAAAUACAACACGUGGGAGCCAGAGGAGAACAUUCUGGACCCUCGACUUCUCGAUGCUUUUCAGCUCAGAGAACGUCAAGAGCAGAUGAUGGGAUACCGCAAGAGAGGACCUAAACCCAAGCACCUGCUGGUUCAGGUCCCGUCAUUUGCCCGUAGAUCCAGUAUUCUAAAUGACCUUCAUGAAGCUUCACUGGAUGAAGAAGAUGAAAAAUGUGAUAGCACCAGCCCUGUCCACGUGCUCCGUCCCCAAGGCACACAGUACCAGCUGAACAGUACCAAUCACCACAAGUACCAGUCACUUUGCCGGGAGAAGGAGAUGGAACCACCGACCAAUGGCAAGAAGUUCUUCUAUCAGCUGAACAGCAAAAAACACCACCACUACCAGCCAGACGUAAAGGAUUUCAAGGUGCAUGAACCCACGUUUGUCAAGCCCCCGGAGGUCAAAGUCCCAGAUCUGGCCAACAAAGGGUACAGUCUUCCUCCGGUGCUACAGCAGAAAUGGAUUCGGGACAAAGACUCUGGCUGCCUGACCAAAAUUAAGGACAUCACGAUGGAGCUGAAGAAACUUCCAGCCAACCUGAACGGCCACAGAGAGUCCCAGAGCACGGGUCUGAAAGAGGAUUCUUUGCCUCAGUCUAAUGGUGUUAGCAGCAGCAAGCUAAAGAUAGUGAAGAACAAAAACAAGAACGGCAGGAUUGUUAUUGUCAUGAGCAAGUACAUGGAAAACGGAAUGCAGUCGGCCAAAAUUAAAAAUGGUGAUUCUGAACCGACGGGGAAUCCGGAAAGUGGUGCCGAGAACCACUCUGAAAAGAUGAGACUGGUCCAGAAGCUCGGCCUCACAAACGGGUUUGUGAAAAACUCUGGAGACGGAUCAACUGUUUCAACUUCUGGGUUUAACGGGGAUGCCCCCCAGGAGAGGGAACAGUCCACUAAAAUGCAGCCAACUGUGACAGAACAGGCUAAACAUGUCGGGGUCAGGGUUCAGGGGCAGCUUCCAGCAGAUCAGCUUUUACAACUGACAACCAAGUCUAAUCUGCCCUCCCUGCCUGUGGAUAGGGGAGUUCCCUCCGCUUUGGACAAAAGGGAAACACAAGGUGGAUGUCAAAGACUUAAACGGCCCCUCCAUGACACCGGCACUGAGGACUGUGGGACGACCAAGAGGUUUUUGAGUUCCAGGAGUUUCCUUGAUGCUAGCGCGGCACCUUCCCCCACACAGAGCACCAGCGUCGACCAAAACGGACAGCGGAGUCUUGAAGGACUGCAGGUCUGUGGCUACACAGACCAGGAGGAACCCAUGGACCUUAGUAUGGUCAAGUCCAGAGCUAACAGUGAAGCCUGCACGUCAGCUCAGCCCCAGGCACAAACAACUGUUGAAACUCUAGUGUGCUCUCAGGACGAAAAGCACACCCAGACACAGACGGACUCACAAAGAGAGACACAGACCCCGACGGAGACACGGGACACUUCAGAGGAGCUGGACGUUGACUCCUUGUCUGAACCCAACAAGGAGAAGAGGAAAGAGGAGACCUUUCCCUCCUUCCAGUCGUUUCUUGGGAACAUUGUCAUCACGGACAUCACCACAAACUGCCUCACCGUCACCUUUAAGGAGUACGUGACCGUGUGACAGAGCUGGACCUCAGAUGUACCGCUGCACACAUGUACACUGUAAAAAAAAGUUGAUUUUUAAAAAAAAAAAUUGAAUGUAGAAACAAAAACAAACUAUUCCUGUUUCUUUUUAUGAAGUUCAGAAAAAAAGAGUUGCUCUUUUACUGUGUCAUCUGCACCUUCUUAUAUAAGCUCGUCACUGACCUGCUCUCACUGGCACAUGUUUAUCACACACACUUUUCAUUUUAGCUUGAGUCUCGUUUACACCUCUGCUGUGCAUUGUGACCUCUGACCUCAUCACAUCACACUGUGGCUUCAGUCAAUGAAGAUUCAUUCAGUCAUUUUAUUCAAAAAUCAAGUUCCAACUGUUGUUCUAACGUGUGACUUUUCAGUUGUUUGGAGCCUCAGUCUGUUUCACACUAAACACAACGGUCUGUUUAUCUGAUGGAGCGCCAGGGUGUUCAGUACGAAAGUUAGAAAAAAACGUAACUUUGAGUUAAACUCAAAGAACAGUUAGGAACAUUUCAGUCCUUGGAUGAGGUAGAGAAGCAGGUUGUCUUAGACCUGUUGACUGGACCGUAGCCCCUGGAGAGAAUAACUGUGAGAGUGUUCAGCUGAGCUGUAGUAUGAGCUCACAUUCCAUGAUCACAUGGUAAUGACUUCAGACUAAACUCAGAAUUAAGAAGUUGGACUUCCACAUUCAACCUCUGCAGAGAAAAAGUCAUGCUUCAUGUUUCUUAAAACUUUUUUAAUGUCCUCAAAACUCAAACUACAAAAAUUUCCAUGAACCUGAUCUUUAGAAAAGUGACACCACCCUGGUGUGUGUCGCAGUUAAACAGAACUGAGUGCUGCUUGGACCCAUCAGCUGUUGGACCUGCUUGAAAAAGCAGAUGUAGUUAAAACAAAUGAAGCUGCUUUUCCCUUAGUUGAUGUGAUUUAUGUUGGAAUGGAAGAAGUGAAUAUUAUUAUUAUUAUAAUUAUCAACCCUCAUUAUUCCUAUUCCUUCCUGUUACUUUUUUUAUUGUUCAAAUUCAAGUGUUUUUCUUCUCAAAAUCAAAUUUUGAGGAGAGAACAAACCACACAGAACAUAUUUAUUCCCGUAUUGUCACUGCUGUCCUUUUUUUUGGGGGGUGAUAAAACCAAGAAUGUAAUCAAAUAAGAACCCAGUGGCAGACUUGGUUCAGCACGCCCAGCUGAGCUGUGUGACCAACAAACUGGCUGCACAGGGAUUCACCUUCUGACAUAUGUACAACGUAUGAAGCACUUGUGCCAUAACUGGUUAUAAAGUAUGUGUUUUAAUCCCAUCUGUUCUCUGCUGUCAGAGCUCCAACAAAACAGGUGUGUUUUCUGCAGAACAAUAUAUUUGCAAUAAAAAUUGUUGGAAAGUCA